CGGGGAGAACCCUUUCUUGGCGCCCCUCUGUGCCCAGCCGGGGGGACUUUCCGAUACCAGCCCCUGAGCCGAAGCCUGCAGCAUUGGCCAUAAUAUUCUGCUGGAAUCUGGUGGGUGCUGUACACACAGAGAGACAUACUGUCCCUGCCUUGAAAAGCUUCCUCAUCCAAUCAAAAAAUAGAAGCAACAACAUGUGACUUGUGUGCUCUAAGAGCAGAUGACAGCGCUGUGAGUGAGCACAAGGAGGUGAAUAUUUCUCCGCAGACCCCAGGGGUCAAGUGCAAGUAGCAGCCUGAAAUGUCACCCAAAAAGUCCAAGGGGAAUGUGGCCAAGACCCUGGAGAAGAAGAAGCCCAAGAACAAGCGUAAGUCAGAGAAGCCAAAGCGCAGCCCCCCGGAGGAGGAGACCCUGGUCUACCAGCCGCUGCCCAAGGGUGACAGGCCCAACCUGUGCUCCGAGUGUGGGAAGAGCUUCCUGCACAGCUCGGAUCUGGUGAACCACCAGCGCAUCCACACGGGUGAUAAGCCUUUCAUCUGCACUGACUGUGGCAAGAGCUUCCGGCAGAGCUCCACACUCAUCACCCACCAGCGCAUCCACACCGGCGAGACCCCCUACGAGUGCAGCUACUGCGGGAAGAGCUUCCGCGUCAGCUCCAACUUUGUGCGGCACCAGCGCAUCCACACGGGCGAGAAGCCCUACAAGUGCCCCAUCUGCGGGAAGAGCUUCACAGACAAGUCAACCCUGACACAGCACCAGCGCACCCACACCGGCGAGAAGCCCUACAAAUGCGCUGACUGUGGGAAGAGCUUCAGCCGCAGCUCCCACCGCAAGCGGCACCUGCGUAACCCACCCGCCAAAGGCCGGAGCAAGUGCUCCCACCGGAGCGGGGAGGCCACCGUGGCCAAGGCCAAGGAGAUCAAGGUAAAAAAGCGGACGCCAACCAUCGAGGUUCCCAACACAUGUGCUGAGUGCUGGCAGAGCUUCAGCCAGAACUCGGACCUGGUCAAACACAUGCGGAUCCACACAGGAGAGAAACCCUUCAAAUGCACUCACUGCGGGAAGCGCUUCAGCGUCAGCUCCAACCUGACCCGGCACCAGCGCAUCCACACCGGGGAGAAACCCUACAAGUGCCCUGACUGUGGGAAGAGCUUCACUGACAAAUCCACCCUGACCCAGCACCAGCGCAUCCAUACGGGCGAGAAGCCCUACAUCUGCAUCUACUGCGGGAAGAGCUUCAGCCGCAGCUCCCACCACAAGAGACACGAGAGAACCCACUCCGGCGAGAACCCUGACACCUUCCUGCCUUUGUGGCACUACCCCAGUCAGAACUUCUAGAGUCGCUGACCCCUCUGACAGGGCCUCCAGAGACAGGGGUGGGGUGGGGAGGGCUGUAUGAUUGGCUGGGUUAUGGGGACAGGAGAGUGUCAGGAGGACAGCUGGCUCACAGGAUAACUGAUUGUUGAGGACCCUGGGACAUGGAAAUUUAGUGGCUUAAGAAAGAGGUGUAUGUGUGUAUCUGUGAUUGUGUGUGUUGUGUGUAUGUGCUUCAUGUGUGCUUUAUAGAAUCAUAACAAUGUAGGGUUAGAAGGGAUCUCAAGAGGCCAUCUAGUAUAUCUCCCUGUGCUGAAGCCUAGACCAUUCCUGAUAGGUGUUUGUCUGACCUCUUCUUUAAAACCUCCAGUGACGGGAAAUCCACAGUCUCUUAGUAACCUCUUCCAGUGCUGAACUAGCCUUAUAGUUACAAAGUUUUUCCUAAUAUCUGACCUAAAUCUCCAUUGCUGCAAACAGCCUAUUCUUAUCCCACCAGCAGUGGGCAUGGAGAACAAUGGAUGGCCUUCCUCUUUAAACAGCCAUUAAAAUAUUUGAAGACUUUUAUCAGGUCCCCCCUUGGUCUACUGAUCUCUGGGUUAAACAUGCCAGUUCUUGCAACCUAUCUUCACAGGCCAAGUUUCUAAGCCUCUUACCACUUGUUGCUCUCCUCUCAACUCUCUCCAAUCUGAUCCCCUCUUUUUCAAAGUGUGGUACCCCAAACUGGACACAGUAUUCCAGCUGAGGCCUCACCAGUGCUGAAUAGAGCAGGACAAACACCCCGUGUCUUUCGUAUGAUGCUCCUGUUAAUACGUCCCAGAGUGAAAUUUCCCUUUUUUUCAACUGCAUCUUAUUCAAUUUGUGAUCCAGCAUGAGCCCCAGACCCUUUCUUGCUGUAUGGUUGCCUAGACAGUUAUUCCUCAUUUUGUCUUUGUGCAUUUCAUUUUUUUAUUUCCUAAGUGUAGUUCUUGAAUUUCAUCUUAUUGAUUUUGGACCAAUUCUCUAAUUUGUCAAGGUCAUUAUGAAGUCUAAUCCUGUCCUCCGUAGUGCUUGCAACCCCUCCCAGCUUGGUGUCAUCCAGAGAUUUUAGAUUUUAUAAGUCAUCAUACAAGUCAUUAACAGAAACAUUGAAUAGUACUGGACUGAGGACAGACCUGUGGGACUCCGCUGGAUACAUAUUCCUAGUCUGAUAUCAGAUCAUUGAUAACUACUCUUUGAAUACGGUCUUUUAACCAGUUGUGCACUCACUUUGUAGUAAUUUCAUCUAGACCCCAUUUUCCUAGUUUGCUUAUGAGAAUGUCAUGUGGCAAUGUGUCAAAAGCUUUGCUAGUCAAGAUUUAUUAUGUCUACUUCCUCCCCCAGCCACUAGGCCAGUAACCCAAUCAAAAAGGGAAAUUAGGUUGGGGUUUGGCAUGAUUUAUUGUUGACAAAUCCAUGCUGGCUGUCACUUAUAAUCCUAUUAGCCUUUAGGUGUUUACAAAUUGUUUGUUUAAUUAUUUGCUCCAUAUCUUUCUGGAUUUUGAAGUUAGACUGGUUAGUCUGUAAUUUCCUUCCCCCCUUUUUAAAGAUAAGUGCUAUGUUCACCCUUCUCCAGUCCUCUGGGAUCUCACCCAUCCUCCAUGAGUUCUCAAAGAUAAUUCUAAGGGUUCAGAGAUUGCUUCAGCUUGUUCCUUAAAUUACUUCAGCUAUUUCCUUAAGUACCUUAGGGUGAUUUUCACCAGGCCCUUGCAACUUGAAUACUUCAUCUAUCUUAUCUAAAUAUUCUUUAACCCAUUUUCCCUAUUCUGGCUUGUCUUCCUUCCCCCUUGUUAACGUUAACAGUGUUAAUCACCUGGUCACAGUCCACCAUUUUAGUGAAGAUUGACACAAAAAUGGCCUUAAACACUUCAGCCUUUUAUGUGUCAUCCAUUAUUGCUCUUUUUUCCCCAUUGAAUACUGGACCUGCACUUUCUACCUUCUUACUCUUCUUAUGUAUUUACAGACCCUCAUCUUAUUGCCCUUUAUGUCUUUUGCUAGGUGUAACUCAUUUUAUGUCUUAGCCUUUCUGAUUUUGUCCCUACAUGCUUGUGCUAUUCUUUUGUACUAAUCCAUAUCAAUUUGUCCUUGUUUCUACUUUUUGUACCAUUCCUUUUUGAUUUUCAGGUUAUUAAAGAACUCCUGAUGCAGCUAUAUUGGUAUGUUACUAUUCUACCUAGAGGUUGCUGUUGAGUCUUUAAUAUUUUCUCUUUUAGAAACUGCCUCUAUAACUCCUUUUUCCCUUAGAUUUCCUUCCAAUUCCUAUCAAUUCUCUGAGUUAUUGAAAUUUGCUUUUUUAAAGUGCAUUGUCUGUAUUCUGUUGCUCUCACUCCUUCCUGCCUUUAGAAUCACAAAAUCUGUCAUGCUCACUUUCACACAAGUUGCUGAACUUCAGAUUCUAACCAGUUCCUCCCUGAACAUAAAGACAUAAGACUGGCCAUAUCAGGUCAGGCCAGUUGUCCAUCUAGCCCAGUAUUUUGUCUUCUGACAGUGGCCUGUGCCAGAUGCUUCAGAGGGAAUGAACAGAACAGAGCAGUUUUCGAGGGAUCCACCCCCUGUCACCUAGCCACAGCAUCUAGCAGUUAGGUUUCUGGGGUUUCUGUCCCUGCCCAUCUUGGUUAAUAGUCAUUGAUGGACCUAUCCUCCAGGAACUUAUCUAGUUCUUUAUU